UUAUUAUUAUUAUUCUUUUUCUGCUUUUGUUAAUCUUAUUCAUACAUGCAUGAUGUUCUUCCUAUAGGUUACUUAACUAAUGACGUCAUGAUUCCUUUUCUAUAUAUGCAUGCUUUUAUUCAUUUUACAGUUGUUGUAGUUGUCGUUGUACUGUUGUGUAGUUCGUUCUUUUCUAAGAGAUUUUUAAUCCUUAAAGUUAUUCUUCUCCCACGACAUUUCCUUCACCACUUCGGGCACAACAUUUGGCGACGAGGGUAUUGGUAUUCUGCUCUUCUACUACGAUGUCUGCUCAUGGAAAGAUGGGUACUUUCGAAUCCGCGAGAGAAUCGUGGAUUUCUUAUGCUGAACGUCUCGAUUUCUACUUCUUGGCAAAUGGUAUCACGGAAGAUGAGACCAAGAAAGCAAUCUUCAUCACCGUCGUGGGAACUCAGACGUAUUCCUUGCUAAAGAGUUUGCUGCAGCCUCAGACGCCCAGAACUGCCAGUCUAGAUGAAAUGAAGUCCGCUCUGGAGGCGCACUUUAGUCCUAAACCUUCUUCUAUUGUACAAAGGUACAAAUUUCAUACUCGUAUUCGUAAACCUACUGAGACAGUGGCUACCUAUGUUGCUGAGCUAAGAGCUAUAGGGGAGCACUGUGAUUUCGGGGAUUCGCUGGAAGAAAUGAUCCGUGACCGUCUCGUUUGCGGGAUCAACAAUGCAAGGAUCCAGCGUCGUUUACUGCAGGAGCCAAGUUUGACUUACAAAUCAGCGUUUGAGAAGGCUCAGGCUAUGGAGUUAGCUGCUCAGGAUGUGGCCAACAUGACAGAGAGUAAGCCUGUACCUGUACACCACAUACGCAAUAAACAUGGCUCAAGCAAACACACUACUGCUGCUCAACACUCUGGGGCUAGUCAACACUCUGGUGGUGCUAGUAGCUCUACUAAGGUGGAAUGCUACAGAUGUGGUGGGAACCAUUAUGCUACAAAAUGUCAUUUUAGUCAAGCAGAAUGUAGAGCAUGUGGCAAGAAAGGUCACCUUGCUCGUGUUUGUCGUAGCUCAGCUAAAGGAUUGUCCCAGACGUCAAAGCAACCUCAGUCGGGAAAGUCAGGCCCUCCAAGGACAGGUCAUCAUAACUCAAACCCACAGUUCCCUACCCAUAGUCUAAACCAAGAACCACAUCCGUCACCACCCUCUUCUCCUGAGACAGACUACCCACUGUUUACAUUUCAUGCUAACACCAAGCCCAUUGUUAUUGCAGUCCAAGUAAACAGCAGCAAUUUACACAUGGAGCUAGAUACUGGGGCUUCCCUUUCUUUAAUUAGUGAAGCCACUUACAAAUCUCUCUUACCUGUUCUCCCUCCACUCUCUCCUACCUCUGUUGUUCUAACUACUUAUACUGGUGAGAAGAUUUCUCCUCUCGGUUCUGUUGAUGUCCAGGUUCUCUACCAGUCCCAGGAAGCUACACUGCCUUUGCUAGUAGUUGCAGGAGAGGGACCAAGUCUCAUUGGCCGAAACUGGCUGGAGCAUAUUAAAUUAAACUGGUCAGACAUUAAAUUAAUUAAUUCUUUCUCUUCUUUAGGUGCUGUCCUGGACUCACAUGCAGAAGUUUUUCGUCCACAGUUGGGAAAACUUCGUGACGUUACUGCCAAGCUAUUCGUCAAAGAAGACGCCCGUCCUCGUUUCUUCCGCCCACGGUCGGUGGCUCAUUCGUUAAAAGAGAAGGUCUCCGAAGAGAUUGACAGACUACAAGAGCUCGGGGUCAUCACACCAGUCACUCACUCGGAGUGGGCAGCUCCCAUAGUUCCUAUCCUGAAGGGGGAUGGAUCAAUCAGGUUGUGUGGAGACUAUAAAGUCACCGUGAAUCCUGUACUUCAUGUUGACACUUAUCCACUGCCUCGCAUCGAGGAUCUCUUUGCUGCUCUCUCUGGUGGAAAAGUAUUUUCCAAGCUGGACCUCAAGCACGCCUAUCUACAGGUGCCAUUAGAUGAGGACUCCAAGAAGUACACAACUAUAAAUACACCGAAAGGAUUAUUUCAAUACGAGCGAUUGCCAUUCGGGGUCGCGUCAGCUCCAUCUCUUUUCCAAAGAAUCAUGGAAAAUCUUCUUCGUGAUCUACCUCAGGUCAGUGUGUACUUAGAUGACAUUCUUGUCACAGGUAGAGACACCUCAGAUCAUCUUAAUAAUCUGCAUCUCGUUCUUCAGCGACUUGAAUCAGCUGGUUUAACUCUUAAAAAGUCUAAAUGUACUUUUGCUGUUCCUUCCGUGGAGUAUCUGGGCCACGUCAUCGAUGCUCAGGGUCUCCAUCCGUCUGAAUCGAAAGUAAAGGCUAUUCGUGAUGCACCAUCACCUACUAAUAUCACAGAGCUCAAAUCUUUUCUGGGUCUCUUGAACUAUUAUCACAAAUUCCUUCCUAAUUUAUCCACAGUACUUUCUCCUUUACAUCGCCUAUUGAGAAAAGAUGAAAAAUGGAAAUGGACUCAGGAACAAGAGAACUCCUUCAUACAGGCUAAGGGUCUAUUACACUCCUCCUCUCUACUGGUUCAUUACGAUCCAAGCAAACCACUAAUAAUAUCUUGCGAUGCUUCACCCUACGGGCUUGGAGCUAUACUUAGUCAUCAAAUGGAUGAUGGAUCAGAGAUGCCCAUUGCAUUUGCCUCUAGGACCCUGGCUCCAGCAGAGAAGCGAUAUUCCCAGCUAGAGAAGGAAGCACUUGCAAUAAUCUUUUCAGUUGGAAAAUUCCAUGACUAUAUUUACGGUCGUCAUUUCACUCUCUACUCAGACCACAAGCCGUUGCAAUACCUGCUGAAUGAAUCUAAACCCCUUCCAACUAUGGCUUCCUCUAGGAUUCAACGCUGGGCUAUUACACUGUCUACUUAUUCUUACACUAUAAAGCAUAAACCUGGGAAGCAGCUCUCACAUGCAGAUGCUCUCAGUCGACUCCCUUUAUCUGAUCAGCCCUCCCUAGUUCCUCAACCACAAGAUGUUGUGCUGCUCUUUAAUCAUCUCUCUGAGACUACUGUUUCAGCAGCCAGUAUUAAAAGGGAAACAGAUAAAGAUCCAUGUCUAUCACGCCUACGUAACUUAUUAGUUACAGGGAAUCACAUUCCUACAGACUGCCAGGAGUUUCAACCAUUCAUCAGAAUUAUGACAGAACUCAGUGUGACUGAUGGUUGUGUACUCCGGGGAUCUAGAGUCAUAGUUCCUUCUUCACUGCAUUCAAUGAUACUCUCCCAACUCCAUGACACUCAUCCGGGAAUUAAUAGGAUGAAAAGUCUGGCCCGUUGCUAUGUGUGGUGGCCAGGCAUUGAUAAGCAGAUAGAAGAUGUUGUUGCUAAAUGUCAGAUUUGUCAGGAGAAUCGUUCAGCUCCACCUCAGGCUAUAGUUCAUCCUUGGGAAUGUCCCAAGGCUCCUUGGGUUCGUGUACAUGUGGAUCAUGCUGGUCCUUUUAUGGGUCACUAUUUCCUCAUACUAGUUGAUGCCUACUCCCGAUGGAUCGAUGUUCACAUGGUACCUUCAAUAACUACAGAAGCAACUAUCAAGGUUCUCAGACAGAUUUUUAGUAUUCAUGGUCUGCCUGAACAACUCGUUUCGGAUAAUGGUCCUGCUUUUGCAAGCCAUGACUUCAAUGAAUUCAUGAAACGAAAUGGUAUUCGCCAUUCUCUCACUGCUCCAUACCAUCCUCGAUCGAAUGGAUUGGCUGAAAGGGCAGUUCAAACAUUUAAAUCCACAAUUAAGAAACUGGAAGGUCCUUUACUCGAUCGAAUACCACGAUUUCUUUUACAGUACAGGAUAACGCCUCAGACCACGACUGGUCAAUCUCCAGCAGAAUUGCUAAUGGGGCGAAGGCUACGUACUAUUUUUGAUUUAAUGCAUCCUGAUCUGUCUAAGAAAGUUCAUGCCAAACAAGAUAAUAGUACAUCAUCACAUAAGCCUGUUCGAUCAUUUAAAGUUGGUGACAAAUUAUUCGCUAAGAAUUUCUCAGGAUCUCCUAAAUGGCUUCCAGUAGUUGUUACUAAAGUUACUGGUCCUUUGUCAUACUUGGUGGAAACUACAAAUGGUAUUGUAAUGAAGAGACAUAUUGAUCAAUUACGUAGUCGCCAUAUUACUAUGGACAAUGAUGAUAGAGAUCCUGAUGAUGAGCUCGAUGAAUGUGAUGAUUUCCCGAUGACCAUUCCGCCACCACCGUUACGCCCUCCAGUUCCGAUACCAAGGGAGCCGCCUCCCCUUCGUCGUUCGUCUCGUCCAAGGACUCAAAGGGACCGUGGACCGUAUGUUUGUUAAGCUAAAGGGGGAGGGGUGUUAUAAAUUGUGCAUUAUUAUUUUGAAUAUUGUAGAAUUAUUAUUAUGAUGAUUACUGUUAAUAUUACUAUUGUUAUUGUUG